UGAGAUUGUUUACUCUUCCUUUUAAGAGUAAAGACCAUUAUCACAAGACUAACACAGUCAUUCCAGCCUGUUUUAUCUUCGCUUACAUGCAUCUUAAAAAAAUUUACACAGGUCACUCAACAUAAAAUUUGCUCUAACCACGCUUAACUAUCAAGUUGUUAUCAUAUCUUUAGGAUUAUUGAACCUAGGCUCGAUUCAUUUAUGUAUUCAUAAAAAUCCGACUACAAAGGAAUCCUAAUUCUGAGCCAAGAAAUGGAAGCUCCUCCGAGCAACAGAUGGAUUGCUACAGUUGCCAGCAUUUGGAUCCAAUGCAUUUGCGGUCCUUCCUACACCUUCGGCAUUUACUCCUCCGCCCUCAAAUCAUCUCAAAACUACAGUCAAUCCACUCUCGACACUGUCUCCGUCUUCAAGGACAUCGGAGCCACCGCCGGAGUUCUCGCUGGCUUACUCGACUCCGCUGUCGUCUCCACGGAUCGCCCCCGUCCCCCAUGGAUCGUCCUCUCCGUCGGAGCAAUUCAGUGCUUCCUUGGUUAUAUUUUCAUUUGGGCUGCCGUCUCCGGUUUAAUCCCUCGGCCGCCGGUGUGGGCGAUGUGUUUGUUCAUGUUCUUAGCCGUCCAUGCCCAAGUCUUCUUCAACACGGCAAAUGUCGUCACUGGCGUUCAUAACUUCCAGCUCUACGGCGGCACCAUCAUCGGCAUUCUUAAGGGAUUUCUGGGUCUAAGUGGAGCAGUUCUGAUCCAAUCCUAGAACACAUUCUACAACGGAGACCCAAUAAAUUAUCUUCUGAUGCUGGCGAUUUUACCGGCGCUCACGAC